UCAAGUUCAACAGAAAAUUUUUAGAUUACUGUGCGAUGGCUUCUCGAUUAAUAUCGGCAGCGUCUGAAAAAAUCAGACCGGCGGGGAGGAGACAGGUUCUAACCUUGACGGAGGGCGCUGCCGCUAGAAUCCGCCACCUGUUGCAACUGCGCCAAAGGCCUUUCCUCAGAUUAGGCGUCAAGGCUAGAGGCUGCAACGGUUUAUCCUACACCCUCAAUUACGCCGAUGAGAAGGGGAAGUUUGACGAGUUAGUUAAGGAUAAGGGUGUAAAGAUACUUGUUGAUCCGAAGGCUCUUAUGCAUGUUAUUGGGACCAAGAUGGAUUUUGUAGAUGACAAGCUCAGUUCUGAAUUCAUAUUUAUCAAUCCAAACUCUAAAGGGCAAUGUGGUUGUGGAGAAUCUUUCAUGACAUCAGCAAGUACAGCAGCUGCCAAGCAAGGCGGUAGUUGAGAAUUUUGGCCAACUUGUAAAUUGCAAAAGAUCACUGAUUAGAUUAAUUUUUAUUUUCCCAAGUGAAGCAUAAAUACCUGCCUGCCCAAUUCUAAUCCUCAAAAUAAAUAAGGAUGAAACUAAACUUAACUUACAUGGUCAGCUUAUAUAGCAGAGAGAGCCAACAACAAACUUCUAGUUAACACAUUCAGAGAGGUUGAAACUACCAAAGAAGAACAGCUGUGUGUAUGAGUAUUUAUCAUAGAUUAUUGUUGACGUGAAUUGUUGCAUUUCCUUUCUUCUUCUCAUUCAAUUCAAACUGUUGUCCUGGCUGAAACGAAGCAAUUUAUUGCGAGUACAAUGGUAAAGCUUGCUUUGCUCCUCAACUCAAAUGCUAUUUAUUGCCGUUAUAAGCAGAGAGAGCCAACAACAAACUUCUAGUUAACACAUUCAGAGAGGUUGAAACUACCAAAGAAGAACAGCUGUGUGUAUGAGUAUUUAUCAUAGAUUAUUGUUGACGUGAAUUGUUGCAUUUCCUUUCUUCCUCUCAUUCAAUUCAAACUGUUGUCCUGGCUGAAACGAAGCAAUUUAUUGUGAGUACAAUGGUAAGGCUUGCUUUG